AUGUCUGAAACCGACUCAAUUCAACAGCUCGAGGUGUACACCAAACCAGAGGGAGGCUUUUUCAGCCUCACAUCCAUCACCGAAGCCUACAAAAAGGCCCUCAGCGUUGCUUAUCCGGCCACCAAGGACAUUGCCGACGAGUUCUCCGGCAGGAUCCCCGACAUUGUCAACAAAGCCCGGCAGAGAGUCUCCGACCUCGUCUUCAACGUCCAAGAGCUGAAGUGGGAGAUCGAACAGGCUCGUCGCACAAUUGUGGAGACCAAUGACAAGUUGCAUGCGCUUCUCAAUCAGGAGGAGAUCAAGGACGAUCCGUUGGAGUGGGACAUUGAGGAGCAGAAAAAGAACGUCGACGGACCACCGGAGAAACCAACCAAGAGAUACUAUACGCCGAAGAAUUAA